GUCCACAAACGUUACUUUUACAACAUGAAAGUAAUGCCAUUACUAUUGUUUGAAAAUAAACAGUGGAUAACUGGCUUCCUACACAGGAAACUGUACUUGGCAGCUUUUAUGCUGUGGUACAGCAAACCAAAGGGGAAAUGGACGGUAAUGGACGAAAAAUACAUUUUCUGAGUUUUGAGCCUGCAGUUUGUGCGCACUUUCUGUGAUGUUACCUCUUGCUCCCACCUGAUCUCACGCGUGGAUUUUGCAGAGAUCUGUGCAGGUCAGUCUCUAAUGUCCCUACAGACGAGGGAGCGAAAGGGGUGGGCAGAGGAUUGCAUGACAUGCCAUUAAGUAACAGUGUCUCCAGUGGAGACUUCAAGAUGAAGAUUCAACCACGCAAGUUUCCUUCCUGGCAGUCGCAGCCUCUGGUUCUCCGCCGAGUGCUCCAGUAGCCUAAAUCACAGCUGUAAAGCUGAGAGUGCGGUGCAGUAGCAGCAAUGUCACAGCUGUAUUACAGGAAAACUGACAGCUCGUCAUACAGGGACCGCAUCCCUCUGCGGAUCGUGCGGGCCGAAUCGGAGCUCUCUCCCAUGGAGAGGGCCUACCUGGGGGCCGUUGAGAGGGGGGACUAUGCCAGUGUGAAACAAGCCCUGGAGGAGGCUGAGAUUUACUUCAGGAUCAACAUCAACUGCAUCGACCCCCUGGGACGCACAGCCCUGCUCAUUGCCAUUGAAAACGAGAAUCUGGAGAUCAUUGACCUGCUGCUCAGCUAUAAUGUGCAUGUGGGUGAUGCCCUGCUACAUGCCAUCCGCAAAGAAGUGGUGGGGGCUGUGGAGCUGCUGCUCAAUCACAAGAAGCCACGAGGGGAAAAACAGGUCCCACAAAUUCUGCUGGACAAACAGUUUUCAGACUUCACCCCUGACAUUACUCCGAUAAUCCUUGCAGCCCACACCAACAACUAUGAGAUCAUCAAACUGCUUCUGCAGCGAGGUGUUUCCAUACCUCAGCCACACGCUGUACGCUGCAAUUGCGCGGAGUGUGUGUCCAAUUCAGAUGUGGAUGGCCUUCGUCACUCGCGCUCUCGUCUUAACAUCUACAAGGCCCUUGCCAGUCCGUCUCUCAUUGCCCUCUCCAGUGAGGAUCCUUUCCUCACGGCUUUUCAACUCAGCUGGGAGCUGAAGGAACUCAGCACAGUGGAGAAUGAGUUCAAGUCAGAGUAUGAGGAGCUGUCUCAUAUGUGUAAACAAUUUGCAAAGGAGCUGUUGGACCAGACCAGAAGCUCUAAAGAACUGGAAAUAAUCCUCAACUACCGUGAUGACAUCAACCCCCUGCUGGAUGAGAAUGUUAAUGAUCUGGCCCGACUGAAGCUGGCUAUCAAAUACUGCCAGAAGGAGUUUGUUGCUCAGCCCAACUGUCAGCAGCUGCUGGCGUCUCGGUGGUAUGAUGAGUUACCAGGCUGGAGGAGGCGUCACUGGGCAGUAAAGCUCAUCACAUGUAUCUUUUUUGGCCUCCUCUUCCCACUGUUAUCCAUCUUGUACCUGAUAUCACCAAAGAGCCGCUAUGGCAUGUUCAUCCGUAAGCCCUUCAUCAAGUUCAUCUGUCACACUGCUUCCUACCUGACCUUCCUCUUCCUACUCUUCCUGGCCUCGCAGCAUAUAGCCUCUCCACAGCCAAACUAUCAAGGCCCACCUCCUACCACGGUGGAAUGGAUGAUACUGCCCUGGGUGCUUGGCUUUAUAUGGGCUGAGAUCAAACAGAUGUGGGAUAGUGGUUUCCAAGACUACAUAGAUGACUGGUGGAAUUUAAUGGACUUUAUAAUGAACUCCUUGUAUCUUGCAACCAUUUCACUGAAGAUUGUCGCCUAUGCAAAGUAUAGUGGGUACAAACCCAGAGGCACUUGGGAAAUGUGGCAUCCAACUUUGGUGGCAGAAGCACUGUUUGCCAUCGCUAACAUCUUCAGCUCCUUGCGCCUCAUCUGCCUUUUUACGGCCAACUCCCAUCUGGGUCCCUUACAGAUCUCACUGGGCCGCAUGCUGCUGGACAUCCUCAAGUUCCUCUUCAUCUACUGCCUAGUGUUGUUAGCCUUUGCCAAUGGCCUCAACCAGCUGUACUUCUAUUAUGAAACAGAGGGAGAAAAUAAUUGCAAGGGUAUUCGCUGUAAUCAGCAAAACAACGCCUUCACAACGCUGUUCGAGACGCUACAGUCAUUAUUUUGGUCUAUAUUUGGCCUGAUUUCCCUCUAUGUGUCCAAUGUGCAACCAGAUCAUGAAUUCACUGAGUUUGUGGGCUCUACCAUGUUUGGCACAUACAACAUCAUCUCCCUGGUUGUGCUUCUGAACAUGUUAAUUGCAAUGAUGAACAACUCCUACCAGCACAUUGCUGAUCAUGCAGAUAUAGAAUGGAAAUUUGCUAGAACAAAAUUAUGGAUGAGCUAUUUUGAAGAAGGGGGCACUUUGCCAUCUCCAUUCAAUAUAAUACCCAGUCCAAAGUCUGUUUAUUAUCUAAUUGGAUGGAUCAAGAGGCAUUUGUUUAAAGGACCAAUCAUUAAAAGGCUUGAAACCUUUGAAAGUCUGGGGAGACGUGCAGCUGAAAAUGUAAGAUUAAACCAUGAGUAUCAGGAAGUUUUGAGGAACCUUGUGAAGCGGUAUGUUGCCGCAAUGAUCAGAGAUGCCAAGACAGAGGAAGGGCUGACGGAAGAGAAUUUCAAGGAGCUUAAGCAAGAUAUCUCCAGCUUCCGCUAUGAAGUCCUGGGAAUGAUGAAGGGUAAACCUCAAGGUGGGGUUGCAGGUAGUGUGGCAAGCUCCACCUUGGCUUACCCUGGAAACUCAUUCAAAUAUUCUCCGACAUUUCCUACUGAUGAACCCCAACAGAAGCUCAGCAUGUUUGAUGUGACCACUGCUGCUAUCUUGCAGAGCAGAGUUGUCAAUACCACGAGCUCUGUGGUCUCUGACAGGCAAACCAGUGGUUCAGUUGUUCUGUUCAAUACAGACCAGUCUCACAAUAAGCUAUCCAAGGCCAGGUUGGGUGCUGGGACCCUCCAGAGACAGAGCAGAGAGCUCUCUCAGAAAUGUGAUGAAAUAUAUUCACUGUCAGAGGUAGAUAAUUCAGAAUCAGGUGGCCGAAAUCAAGAACAACUUCAGACUGACAAAGUGAUUGUGGAGGUUUUACAGAAAGUGGAGAAGGACAUUCAGGGGACUGAACAUUCUUGGAAAAAACAAGCGAAAAAUGGGCCAAAAAAUAUAAAAAUCAAUCUGUCUGCAAGUGAGAGAUGCCAAUCAUUUUAAACAUCUUGGGGUUUUCUUUCAUUCAUCUACCAGUUGUAAAAUCCAUUAGUUUAUCAAAAUCAAACUAAUUUUGUCAUGGUAAACAGUACUACAGUUGGAUAAUAUAUUCCGUUGGAAUAAUCUUGUGUCCUGUGAUGUACAUAAUGGCAUAAUCAUAUAUUAUCUCACAUUAUAUAACAUUCAUUCAUCUCUGGUAGAAGACAGAGUACACAAUAAUACUGGGUGAGGAUUGAUUGCAGUGACUUGAUGCUCAAGAUAUUGGAAAGCAAGAUAGUAAUUCAUGUUUUAUCUUGAGCAUUCAAUUUCCCAAGAGCUCUGACACCCUGCAGUCUAUCCUCUUUACUGCCAUCUUGAACGGCCCUCUUACUCUGGAAGUAUGUCUAAAAAGUAUCAUGCGUAUGCUGACAGUAUCUAGUACUUUUCAAUUAUAACUCAAUUAUCAACUGUACUAAAAGAAAUCAUCAAAAUUAUUCUAGGUUUACUUGUAUUUACUAUCUAGGCAAAUUUUAUAGUGCCUUUGGACAAUUUGUCCAGUUGAUGUGGCACCUGGAUUAGAUAAUUCAGAUAUUUGGCUCGACUUAUUUUAUUCUAGUAUUACUGUGCUAAGCUGUUCAGGGAAAGAUAUAAAGUUUUACAUGCAGUGUAUUCUUGUUGAGAUUUGUUGCAGAGUUUAAUCCUCUGCCAAGUGCUGUAUCGACUAUAACUUGCAGGUGCAAGGACCCUCUUGUGAUCUGUGUAAUUUUGUAACUUGUAAUGAAAUGAAUUUGUGAUUAAAUAAAAUAUGAAAUCUGA